UUGGGAGGAGGGAGGAGGGUUGAUACGUUCGAGGAGGGUAGCGUUGAUGCAGUCGCACCAGCCAGUCAGUGGCUGCUACGGCACAGUAACGCGCGCGCGUGCUCCUUUUCAAAUCGUUUUCGGGCCUAAGAAACGCAAUAAACGAAACAUUUUCAUCGGAAUAUGACACAAAAUUUGUUACAAAUACGGCACGACAAUCCCGUUAAUUAGACAGUCGCUAAUUGUGUCCGUCGAUGUUGUCUCUCGUUUCCCGCCGUUCGCGCUUUCGAAUUUUCUGGUAAUCCGCGUGUUUAUGAGUGACGGAAAGGAUGACAGCUUCUUGCAAAGUAUCCUUCUAAUUCUUUAAACGUGCAUCUUGAAAUUCGUAAAGCCUCGCGGAAAAGUUGGAUAAUGUGGUUAAAGAAUUAAUGUGCUUAAUUAAUGUUCUCGUCUUUACGUAACAGAAUAAAACCUCAAAUGAGGAUAAUGAGUAAUCAAAUAGGUGGACUUCAGCUGGCAAAGAGAUGCUUUUGAAGAUCUAAUGAUGAAAUAUUCUCGGGCUUGCGAUUCGAUUGCACGUUUAUCUCACGCGUAUGUGACAUCGACGAUUUAUUGCUAUCGUAUUACAUCGUUAUCGAUUGUCCGUUAAAACAUUCUCCUUUACUCAAACACAUUUAUCUAAAUUUAUUCGAGAAAUUAUCUACAAACAAUAAAAUAUUAGGGUGAAACACUGAGCUAGGCAAAAAAGAAGCAACUCGCUUUUUUACUAUAUUUCUUUUUUUAAUUUUUGUGCACUGAAUAACAAUCAUUUGUUGCAUCGUUGUAAAUGUAAACUUUUUCUUUCAGCGGUUUUUUGAAACAUGUAUCUGUGAGAUACGUAUUUCUGAUAGAGAGAGUUACUCAAACAAUCGCUGUGAAAGCGUUAAACAAGUUAUUUUUUGUGCACCGACAAAAAAUAAUGUUUCUACCGUUAAAAUAAGCGGAUGAAGAUAUCGCGAAUAAACCGUGAUUAAGUAGAAUUGACAGCCGAUUGUCGAGUGCGAGAUUGUCAGUUGUCUAACAAAAAGUUAAAUCAAACGUUUAUACGUGGCUUUUUCAAUUUGUAACUUAAAUUUCAUGUGACAAAGAUGCCGUGUACAUAACGUCUCCUAGAUGAAAAUUUAAUUACAACUUGGAUGAAAAUUUAAUUAUAAGAAAUGUUACUUGAAGAAGUAAAAAAGUAAAGAAUAUCACAUCAUGCAACACGCAACACAUUCUUUCCCCAUUAAUAUUAUACUACACUUUCAAGUUAUUCUAUUAUAAUUUACUACGAUACACCCUAUAAUCAUUGUUUAAAAUGAAAAAAUAUUCAAAAACACACUGCAACCUACUUUAACAUGUAUGUCCCUGGGUGAUUUGAAAGUUUUCGACAUUAUCGUUGUCGUGUAAUCUCAAAUAAAUUACUUUGCCUUGAUCACAGGACAUAAUCUAACUUUUCUGUAAAAAGACAUUGUUAAAAAUUCCGACUACGUAAAGUAAGUAGUAGUAGCCAAAGUUACAAUCUACCGCUAGGUAACUUUGUCUUUCUCUCCGAAUAGAAACUUUAGGAAAUUCGAUCCAGAAUCCUAUUGAGGUUUGAGCAAUUUACAGUGACAGUUUGAGUAAGAAGUAGAUUGUUAUCUAUUAUAUUUCGUCUAGCUCUCUAAGCCGAAUUGCGCGGUCGCUUUGUGACAUAUUUGAUGAAAGUUCAAUGAAGAUCCUUGCGGCACUUCGGCCCGAUUUCGGCGAAUCGCUAAUUAAUUGGAUAGUUUGCAAUUACGAUUAACUCCGCUGCCUAAUUGACCGCGAUGUAGUUGAUACUUUGUAAAUUAUCACAACUUCACGAUCUAUUUUAUUUUUUGUCUGUUUAAUUGAAAUAAGCAAUUAUGCGUAAUACAAUCGCAAAUAACGAUAAAUAAAAUAUAUUAAAGCAUAAAUAAUCUUAACUCAAGUAGUCUAACCCCAAAGGGAUCAUUAAAAUAUGCAUACACACAACUAAAGUAGUUUCAAAAUGGUGUGACGAUUAGAUGCAAUGUAUUUCAUAUAUAGCUCAAGCAAAAUUAAUUAUGCUAUAACUUGCAUGGUAUGAGAAAUAUCCACAUCGUAAACUAUCGUGCACUAACAUUGAUAGUCAUAUAUUCAUUACACAUAUAUAAGCAAAGUAAAUUAUGUUAAUUACCAUAAAUGUAGAUCGGAAUAACAGAAGAACGUUAUUAAUAUGCAUAUCAAUAUCGACUACUCUCUCUAAUAAUUACAUCUGUAACUAAAGACUCGCGGGGAUAAGAGAAGCAGAAUUAUUCUGCUCGUCAGUUUUGUUGCUCUUUUUUUCCAUUUUAGUUAUUCAUUCAUUAUUGUUUUGCCACUUUGUGCUAUGCAUUAUUUCAUAAAACUGCGCGCGCGCGUUAUUGCUAACAAUCAUCGAUUUCACGAUCCCGGCUCGUGAUUGCGUGCCAAACCAACGGUGAAAACCAAUUGAUCUGACGAGCAGAUGUUCGCAAUCAGCAAAUUUAGCAUCCAAAAAACGGCACAUCGUUAAUAAACGAACGGACUGGUCCUAUAUCUCCGUCAACAAAAUCGAUUUUUCUGAACGCCUCGAUAUCACUACCGUUAUCGUACUGUUAUUUAGUAGUUUACGCGAUAUUUAUUGCAACACUGCAUAUUAUGAAAUUUUGAGGCUAUAAAUUACGUUAAUCUAAAAUAUUACUAGAGAGAAUUAAAGGGACACGGGAAGCGAAGAGUGCAAGAAGAUAAAUGCAUUUGUCAAUUGAUUUGUGAAUACUCAAUCAAUAAUAAUAUUCAUUGUUAUCAUUUGAUAAUAACAAGAGGGCUAUUAACUUUUCAUUAAUAACGUAUUAUAUCAAUUCUGCUACUAACAAAGAUAAUUGAUGAUGCCAUUUGUAAAAUCCGUAAUCACAAAACGCUAUAAAGCCUUUACAUCAUAAGAGUAUCGUUAUUUUAUCACUGAACUAAUUUACUCCAGUAAAAUAGUGCUAAAAUAAUUAAAACGGAUAUAUAAAAUGUGUAAUGAAUAUUGCACCCCUUUUCUCUUAACAGAUGGUUUAAUGGAUCCUUAACGAAUGGAUUUUCUUUUUUUCAGAGAAAGCUAAUACAUAAAACCAGUUGAAGUAUAAAAGUUUUACUAUCUGUUAAAAUAUCAUAAACUUUAAUUAACGCCUUUAUCAUGAAUAUUAAAUAACUGUAUAAUUGAGCCAUAAAUUUUACGUUACAAAAAAAUCCAUUUGGGAUUCAUCAAACUUGUCUGAGAGAAACUUUGCAUUUCUAAUACAACUUCCACCUUCUGCUUUUGAUUGCAAUUAACUUCCCUUCCCUUUUCUCUGCUAUAUCUGUCUAUACAAGUACGAUACCGACUAUAGUAGGGAUAGUGAGCAACAGGUCGUCUAGGAAUGACACUUGGUCACGUUUGCAUCAAACGAUCACGCGUGAGAUUAUAAAGCCUUCUCUGUAAGGCAUAACGCAUGUCCGCGUACAGAAAGAAAUCGCGCGAGAGCAUUCCUACACGGUGGAACGCAGCCCAUCAAACUUCCGUCGGAGUUUGAACCGCGCAACAGCGACGUAACCAUGUCGAAGUUUUUAAUUACGCGGAACCCGGAGUCGUUAUCGACGCGCGACUGCACGCCCGCGCUUGCACAUCUGCAAUUUCUCGACCAUGCAACGCGGCGCUUCGUGACCGAGCAAUUUAAACUUGCGGCUUGCACGAUACCACCUGCGGGUUCGAAGCUCGGAAGACCUAUCAAAAUAUCCGAUAGCAGAGUCGUCGCCGAUCUGAUGGCGUUGGAUAACGAUCAUCUUGGUACGGUAUAAUACUUGGUUCAUCAUCCUUAAACGUAUAUUAUUUUUUAACACAGAUUUGUUGCCUCUUGUAGUAUAGAAGAGCACAGUUAAUGAUAUGAUUAAAGUUAUUUUUGUUUCGUUAAUAUGCUUAAUAUCCAAAGAAAAUCAAUAAAAGUGUUAUAAUCACCGUCAUCCCCAUAAAAUAUCUUAAUACCCAAUUGAAUACAAAACGUUAAAGAAGAAGUGAGGACGUAAUAGGUAAUAAAUAUAUUUUUUCGAGAGACAAAGGGAAAGGUGAUAAGUCGUCGUGAAAACAAUGGCGAGAUUUAGGUCGCAGAUAAAUCCACUCUAACUUUUGCGCGUAAAUGACGCAACUCGAAUCGGUAAACGUUUCGACGAGCAAGUGCGCCACAUUUCAUUCUUUUACGUAAAAACGUUGAAAAAUUGUGACAACCUAAAUAAUUGUGGUCGCACAUAAAAUUUGCAUAAAGCAUAGAAAGAAUGUGCAACACUGAAAAGACAGGUCUCGUAUAAAAGCAAAUGGAAGAUUACGCAAAGCUUCGUGACGACACGUGUACGUUGUUUCUGUACCUCCAAGAUCUCCACUUGCAUUAGCAUAUUCGUAGCAUAUGUCGCGACAUAUCGUUCCUCGGGGAGCUACAUGCCAUCUGUGUAAAUCACAAGAUGCGUCUCUCUCAAUUAUAAUUGUAAACUAGUUGUAAAUUUUAUUUGUAAUUAGGUUCGUGAUAUUGUUGAUACAUAUUCUCGUCAUGUUGCCCUUCUCGAACAUCGUUAACUAAAUAUUUUACAUACGUACAUAUACUCAUAUUAUCGGCAUAAACUUAAAUAAAUAUAACUUUGAAAUUCGAAGAUAUAAAUUAUGAUCUAUUUUUCAAUAUGACAUCUUUAUCUUAAAGUAUCAUCAAAUUGAAAGUAGUAUGGCACAACAUUCAACUUGUGAAUCAGUUGCUGCUCACUUCUGAUAUACGUUAUACAUACGGAAUACGAAAAACCGGAUCAAUCGAAUCUUCCCCAAUUCGCGCUGGCACGUCCUUUCCGUCGAUCGUGCGCGAGACGUCCGAUCUCCCGUUCGAAGCUGAUAUCGCUUUCCCGUUCAUAUUGCCAAGGAAGAGUAGCAACGUAAAUCAUCGUAAAUUCAAAGCCCGAGGCGGACCACCGAAAGCCACGGCAACAUCAAAAUCAACGUGUCGGAAACCCGAAACUAACAAACAACAUAAUUCAUCGAUUAUGACGUCAUGAAGUUUCUGCUUCUGGCACUAUUGAGCUGCAUUUGCUCGGCCGAUGAUCGACGCUUGAAAUCUAUCAAACAAUGGGCCAAGAAAAUCGACAUCUCGAAGACCGACAAUAUCAUUCCGUUAUUUAACAAAAAUGUGGACUUAAUGACAGACAUCGUGAGACUACGUCAUUACGAUGAUCGCGCGAGUGCACGCUUGAGUCAUUUUCGCGAUGAACUACCUCAUCCGAUCAGACAUCGACGUCAUCAAUUUCGCUCAAUGGAACCGAAGGAUUUGGUCCAGCAUCUUAGCUGGCCAGUGAAGCGGGAAGCGGUGGUCGAAGGUGAUCUUGUACUGGGUGGCCUGAUGAUGGUUCACGAGAGGGAGGACACCGUUACUUGCGGACCUGUAAUGCCGCAGGGAGGCGUACAAGCGUUAGAAGCAAUGCUCUACACUUUGGAUAUUCUCAAUCAACGAGAAAUCGUUCCAGGAGUUAAGAUCGGAGCGCAUAUACUCGACGACUGCGACAAGGAUACGUACGGUCUUGAAAUGGCGGUAGAUUUCAUCAAGGGUUCAAUAAGCAACAUAGACGGCGCGGAAUAUCAUUGCAACAAAACUGCCGUGCGGAAGGUAAUCAGUGGAGUCGUUGGUGCAGCGAGUUCUGUAACUUCGAUUCAGGUUGCCAAUCUCCUACGAUUGUUUAGAAUUCCGCAAGUCUCCUUUUUCUCGACGAGCCCAGAGCUUUCCAACAAACAACGCUUCGAAUAUUUCAGUCGCACCAUACCUAGCGAUCACUAUCAGGUCAAAGCGAUGGUCGACAUUGUAUUGGCGAUGGGUUGGAGCUACGUUUCCAUCAUUUACGAGGAAAGCAACUAUGGUAUAAAGGCUUUCGAGGAACUUGAGGAACUACUAGGAAAAAAUAACAUAUGUAUCGCUGUCAAAGAAAAAUUGGUGAAGGACUCCGGAGUCGCCGAGGAGGUUGCAUACGACAACAUAGUUUUAAAGUUGUUAACAAAACCACGAGCGAGAGGUUGCAUUAUCUUCGGUUCCGACCAAGAAGUCGCUGGAGUCAUGAGGGCGGUCAGGCGUCGUAACGCGACCGGCGUUUUUUCCUGGAUUGGGAGCGACGGCUGGAGUGCAAGAGGAUUAGUGAGCAACGGUAACGAGCCAGAAGUCGAGGGCACUCUAUCGGUUCAACCUCAGGCGAACCCCGUUAAGGGUUUCGAAGAGUACUUCCUCAACUUGACCGUCGAGAACAAUCCGAGGAACCCGUGGUUCGUUGAAUUUUGGGAAGAUCAUUUUAAAUGUCGGUAUCCGAACGCACCUCGGACACCAUAUAAUGAUGAAUAUACAAGAAAUUGUACAAUGAAGGAACGUCUCACCAAACAGAACACUGCUUUUGAGGACCAAUUGCAGUUUGUUUCCGACGCAGUAAUGGCAUUCGCUUAUGCUUUUCGUAAAAUGCAUAACGAUCUUUGCAAAGGAAAGAGAGGAUUGUGCGAUGAAAUGAAACCGACUAAAGGAACGACACUUUUGCAAUACCUGCGCACGGUGGAUUUCGAGGGUCUAAGCGGAGACAAAUUUAAAUUCGAUGAGAAUGGCGAUGGACCGGCGCGGUACAACAUCAUACAUUUCAAGCAAACCGAACCGGGCAAGUACAAGUGGAUUCGCGUUGGCAAAUACUUGGAAGGCGAGUUACGACUGAACAUGUCAGAAAUCCAAUUUAAGCUUGGACAUCCUCAGCAACCCGAAAGCGUGUGCUCCUUGCCUUGCGAGGUCGGUCAGGCAAAGAAAUACGUCGAGGGUGAAAGAUGCUGCUGGCAUUGCUUUAAUUGUACUCAAUAUCAGAUACGGCAUCCCAUGGAUGAGACGCAGUGCACUCCGUGUGAACGAGGAACUUUACCGGACGAAACACAUUCGAUGUGUCGAGAAGUUCCAGAGGAGUUCCUACGUCCAGAAAGUGGUUGGGCAAUAGGUGCCAUGUCUUUCUCUGCCACUGGGAUGUUGGUGACGUUAUUUGUCUGCGGCGUUUUCCUCAAACACAACGAUACGCCUGUCGUACGCGCGUCUGGACGGGAACUAUCUUAUGUUCUUCUCUCGGGAAUUCUACUCUGUUAUCUGGUCACAUUCACACUGAUAUUCAAACCCACGCACAUUGUCUGCGGUAUUCAAAGAUUCUCCGCGGGCUUCUGCUUCACGGUAGUAUAUGCGGCUUUAUUGACGAAAACCAAUCGAAUCUCAAGAAUCUUCAACGCUGGAAGUGCAAAGAGGCCGUCCUUCAUAUCGCCACGGUCGCAACUUAUUAUCUGCUCCGGAUUGGUAUCUGUGCAGAUUUUAAUUAAUAUAGUUUGGAUGAUCAUCGAUCCUGCCAGAGCGAUGCAUCACUACCCCACGAUGGAAGACAAUCUGCUCGUGUGCAACAACUACAUCGAUACCAGCUAUAUGAUCGCAUUUACAUAUCCUAUAAUAUUAAUAAUUGUGUGUACUAUCUACGCCGUACUCACGAGAAAAAUUCCAGAAGCUUUCAACGAGAGCAAGCACAUCGGUUUAACGAUGUACACGACAUGUGUCAUAUGGCUCGCUUUCGUACCUUUGUACUACGGUACUGGAAGCAACGUCGCACUGAGAAUUACCUCGAUGUCUGUAACAAUCAGUCUUUCUGCAUCCGUGACGGUGGUUUGCCUCUUCAGUCCAAAGCUGUACAUUAUUUUAAUUCGACCCGAGAGAAAUGUACGCCCAACCGUGAGAGCAGGAAGGCCUAAUCCGACAAAAAGUUCGGCGAUAACUGCCACAAAUGCCUCAAGUACGAUGAUGGGACCGGUAACGGCGACAACGGUUCUAACAGCCGCUACUUGCGAUCAGAAUAAAGCCAUCAAGAAACAUAUCGCGUCCACGAUGGACUGCUCCACUCAGAGCGAGUACUACGAAAUGGAAUUGAAGGAACGAAAAAACGGAGAGCCGCUGACGACGUGCAUUUCACGAUCAACGCAAACGAAUAUCAACGAGAAGGAAUUUGUGACCGUCAUGACGAGUAAUAAAAAAUCGCCAGACGUAAUCGUGUCCGCGAAUAACAUGGAAUCAAUAAAUAGCACGGCAACGACAAAACGAUUAAACAAUAACGCGAGGAUAGGCAAUGGACCGCUUUCUCAGAGUGAUGUCACAUUAUAGCGGAAGGUAGAAUUAUCAACAGAAUCGUCGGUAUUAACUGUUAGUUUAAAACCGCUCUCGAAGAAUCCUGUUAUCGUCUGAUUUAGUUUGCUGUAUACUGUAAAUACGACUAGAUUUAUGCCAACGCAUUUUUCAGCAUAACGAGGUAGGCAAGACAUCCGUUUUAAAAAACAUUUUAAAAAGCAAUUUAUUGACAGACGCCCCUCGCCAGGGUUCGACAGCAAAA